CUGCAGGGCCCGGCCGGACGCCGGGCACUAGAGACCCGGCCCCGCAUCCCCGCGGGUGGCACCGCCCCGCGGCGGUCGCGCCCUCUGCCGGCUCCGCCUCUUCCCCUCGGCCACCGCCCCGCCCGGAACCCAAACGCCGGCUCCUGCUGCGCGGCCGCGCGUGAUCGCCUGCGCCGCCGGCCCCCAGGCCCAGGCCCGGCCCGCCGAGCGAUGCUGCUGCUCGUGGCCACCUGCGUCGUGGCGUUCGUGCUGCUGCUGUACAUGCUGUCCCCGCUCAUCAGCCCCAAGCCCCUCGCGCUGCCCGGGGCGCAUGUGGUGGUCACCGGAGGCUCCAGCGGCAUCGGAAAGUGCAUCGCUAUCGAGUGCUACAAACAGGGAGCGUUCAUAACUCUGGUUGCCCGGAACGAGGACAGGCUGCUGCAAGCCAAGAAGGAAAUCGAAAAGCACUCUAUCAAUGAUAAACAGGUGGUGCUCUGUAUAUCAGUCGACGUCUCCCAAGACUACAGCCAAGUGGAAAAUGUCAUAAAACAAGCGCAGGAGAAACUGGGCCCGGUGGACAUGCUCGUGAACUGUGCCGGCAUGUCGCUUUCAGGGAAGUUUGAAGACCUUGAAGUCGGGACUUUUGAAAAACUGAUGAGCGUCAACUACCUGGGCAGCGUGUACGCCAGCCGAGCGGUCAUCACCACCAUGAAGGAGCGCCGGGUGGGCAGGAUCGUCUUCCUGUCCUCCCAGGCGGGGCAGGUGGGACUCUUCGGCUUCACCGCCUACUCCCCGUCCAAGUUCGCCAUCAGGGGCUUAGCGGAAGCGCUGCAGAUGGAGGUGAAGCCCUACAAUGUCUACGUCACGGUCGCCUACCCGCCCGACACAGACACACCUGGGUUUGCAGAAGAAAACAAGACAAAGCCUUUGGAAACCCGCCUUAUUUCAGAGACCACGUCCAUCUGCACGCCGGAGCAAGUGGCCAAGCAGAUCGUCAAAGACGCCAUCCAAGGGAACUUCAACAGCUCCGUGGGCUCGGAUGGGUACAUGCUCUCGUCCCUCACCUGCGGGAUGGCUCCGGUCACAUCCAUCACCGAAGGGCUCCAGCAGGUGGUCACCAUGGGCCUGUUCCGCAUGCUGUCUUUGUUUUACCUGGGAAGUUUCGACAACAUCAUCCGUCGCUGCAUGGUAGAAAGAGCAAAAUAUGAAACCGCAGACAAGACUGCCUAACCCUUGGGAAGGAGGAGUGUUCCCUAACUAAUGCGAGCAGCUUGCUGCUGGACGGGACCCAGACUUUGGACCACAGACGCUUGUGUGUUGAUUUUGAGUGUGUCAGAUGGGACCAGCGGUCUCCGGCCGCCUGGCUGCGAGCGAGGGGAUGGAAGCUCAAGUGCGGACCAUGGGAUCACUGCUAUGCAAACGUGGAGCGGGAGACCGUCUGGUUCUCCGGGAGGAGAGGCGAUGACGGUGGGGGAACGGGUAGGUACGAGCAGGUCGGGAACGGGACUCCAGAGCGAUCAUUCACCUUUUCUCCAGUUGUCCUUUUCCCCGCCCGGAGGUCAAGCUCCGAGGUGGACGUGGACACGAAAGACAUUCUGAGGACUUGUUAAACCUGCCAUGUCAGACGGUUUAUGGGUUUCUGAAGCCUUUUUUUUUUUUCUCUCUUUCAUUUCAUAUAUUUUACUCAAAAUGAGUUUUACAUGUUGUGGGUGAGUCUGAAUACGUAAUCAUGUUUCUGGAUCCCUGUGCAGCUUGCUGGUGGAUGCUUGUGGAUUAUCUAGCUCUUGGAGUUUUCCAUAAAACUCCGAGAGGAGGGGAGGUCAGUGCAGAGAAGAGAAAGGGGGUAGGUAUUUUCCGGUAGGAAAAAUCAGGCUUUCUUGUCUUCUUUAGGUUCCAGUUAUUAGGGCGCUUCUCAUUUUUCACUCAGCGGGAAAGGCAGCCUCCAAAAAUGUUUUUUUUUUGAAGAGAAAUAAAAUCUUAGAAGCUUAAACAUUUACAGUGUCUUCACCAGCCAUGAUGAGCUGAGGUGUCAUUCCAUUAUAUCAACAGUUUAUUCCCAUCUUUUCCUUUCCAAGUUUGCUUAUGCUAGUAUAGUAGUUUUUGUUAAAAAAAAAAAGACCAGUUAAAAAUUUUUGACUUGACUUUUUCAAUUCUUUCAUGAAUUCAUGAAAACAGAAAAACAAUUAAGAUGUGAGAUGUUCUUCCCUAGUAUAUAUGUAACUGUUAGAAAAGGCUGGUGAUGGCAUAUUUAAAUUUCGCUCACUAAGAGAAGCCAGUUGGACAACAAGGCCGAUUUGGAAGAUAUUGGUCUUUGAAAUGAAAUGACCACCGAGUUCUUUCUGUGAGUGACUCUCCCACUGGCCCGGCCAGUUCUAGAACAUUCUCCUUGAACCGCACCUGAGGGAAGCACAGUCAUCCUGCUCACAGCACAGCUCUGCCACCUCGCGGCCCCGAGAGUGCUGUUUCUGGACCACAGGCUUUGUUGGCCGUUCGUGGAUUCCCACAGGAAGUGCCUGCAAUGAGGUGCAGCCAGCAAACCCACGCCACCCUGUCCGUGUGCACCGCCGGCUGGGGACGGCCGCCUUCAUGCUGACCCACGCCACCCUGUCCGUGUGCACCGCCGGCUGGGGACGGCUGCCUUCAUGCUAACACCAUGCCCCUUCCUCGCACGGUCAGAAUGCGUGUUCGGCAGCAGGUUCCAGCCCGCUUGGGCGAGACAGACCACUGCAUCUGAAGAGGAAAGUUUUUAUUGUUUUUAAAAAAAAAAACUUGACAAAAGAUUGAAGACCUAAAAAUGAGAGCAGAGAGUUUCUUUCCUCUUGAGUUUUCGAUCCUCUUGACUUUAAAAUGACUUAGUUUUUUAAAAGUACGAUGUUUCAUGGCUUUAUUCCAUGGGGUCUUGUUAAUCGAAAGCGGAAGGUGGCCUGUUUAAAUGCUGUCGAUGGCAGGAGCAGUGACAACGUCAUAUGUGAGCUGCGUGGGGUGACCUCCGUGCGGUUGCUGGGGGCGGGGGGCGGGCCCUCGUGGUGUGGGAGUCCCAGCCUUUGGCCUCCAUCAGCUGCGGACGGACGCCGCGCAGUGUCGGAGGUGUAGUCAGAGCUGUAUUUUCAUAACUCGCAGACGACAGCUGCAUUCCUCUGUGUAUUUUUCUCGACUCUAUUCUUUUCUGAUCAAUGUCCCUCGAAUGUUGGCACCUUCUGCUGGUCUGUAUGGCAACCGAGUCCAAGACGGUGUCUCAUUUAAUAAAAGUACCUAAUUAACAGCA